GCCCCUCCCUGUCUGUGUGUGUGUGUGUGUGUGUGUGUGUGUGUGUGUGUGUGUGUGUGAGAGGGUCCCAGCUCCUGCCUCCCACCCCCUUCCCUCCCCAAUGGUCCUGCUGCUGCCCCCCGCCGCUGCCCGGAGCUUACCCCUGAGCUGCAGCAACGCGGGGCCGGCUGCCUGGUCCCUCACAGCCGCUACCGGGAGCUGGCAGCUCGGGGAAGCCACCCGGAAACGCCUCGGCUCGGCACCAAAAUGUAUCCAAGGCCGGGGAUACAGUGUAUCCGAGUCUGGAUACAGGGGAGUGGGGGUAAGGUACUCAGGGGUGGGGGCAACUGGGCAGGGGGCAGGGGUAAGAUAUCAGGAAAAAUGGGUGACAAACCCAGGAAGAGCGGCAAAUAUUCUGGAACUAGGAACCAAAACCCUAAGGAUAGGGGCAGAAAAGCCAGGCAACACGGCGAUGGGUAUAAAUCAGCUGGGGAGAGGGACAAAUGCCCCCGAGAUGGCAGUGAAUAGCCUGUGGGUAGGAGCAGUAAUGCUGGGGAUGGGGGAAACCAGCUCAGGGUUAGCAGAACAGCAGCUGGAAGGAGGCUGGGGAAGCCUGGGGAUAGUGGGGAGGGCAGCUUGGAGCAUGGCAAAGAUGAUGGGGAGCCAGGCCCCCAGGAGAGGUAUGGCUUGGCCCUUUGGUGGGGGAUCGAUUCCCGUCUGGGCGAUGGUGGGGUCCAGGCCGAUGAGUGCAGCCCCGGCCCAGGAUGUCCUCCUCUUCUGUCACGAGAGGACCGGCUUCUUCCGCCUCCUGGGUCUCUUCUGCCUGGCCCAGUUCCUGUUCUGGAUCUACCUGGCCCAUUUCGCCUUCACCUCUCUCAAAGACACAGGAUACCAGGAGACGGUUCUGGAAGGAGAGCGGGCAAGCAGCUUGCCGAAGAUCGGGGGGCUCGCCCUGAACCUGGGGUCAGACGGGUGGAGAUACAGCUUCACAAUCUCCUGCUUGACUAUCGGCUCCUUGAUCCUUGGCGCUGGCUCCCUGUUUGCUCGCCGCUCCGUCUCCCGCGUGGUCCUCCACAGAGGAGGCCAGCAGGUCACCAUCACCAGCUACUUGCCUUUUGGACGCACCAGCUCCGUCACGGUGCCCCUGCACCAGGUGUCCUGCGUGGCACACCGUACCCAGGUACCGUCCAUGGUGCCCCUCAGGAUCCAGGGUCACCGCUUCUACUACCUCCUGGACAAGCAGGGUCAGUUCUACAACGCUAAGCUCUUUGACACGACCGUUGGGGCCUAUAGGAAGCUGUGACCCUUCCUGAAGGAGCACCCGCUCCUGCAGAUAUUCGGGAACUCGAGCCUGCAUUCUUGGGCAAUUGCAAGGCUUAAAGACUUGCAUUGUUUGACAUGCGCAGGCCAGGAAGUGAUUGGAGGAAUCAUCGGCAUCACUUACAAAGAGCUCUGUCUCCAACCCUCCCCAGAUAUGUGUGUUUUCUUUUCUCUGAUUUUGGCACUGUCCUGAUUUGCAUUUCAGGAAACAUCAUGCGUGGUAAGCUCUCUUCUACUGUGCGAGUGGAGCUGUCCAACUGCACAAAUUGUUACAUGCUGCUGUUUCAGGCUAACAACGGCAAAUGUAAUUUAUCUAGAAAUAAGAUUACACAGAAGGAGGAAAAAUAAAAGCAGCGUUUUGAUCGGUGA